AUGCAUAAAAGGAGUAAAAAAGCAAAGAAGCCUAUGUUCGUUUUGGACUGUAUAACACCUGAUAGCAAGCUGAAAGAGUAUAAUGGCCUAGUUGAUUCCAACUUAGCAGUAUUCUUUUCACAUCUUCCAAGAAAAAAGAUACUAAUUCAAAAUAAGCUAAUAUCACCAAAGGGCUUUAUAAUUACGAAAAAAGUUUUUAAAAGAAAUAAAUCUCCGAAAUCAUUUGACCCCAGCGAUCAUAAACAUAUUUUAAAAAGGCAUAAAUCCAGCUCUCCUAAGAAUCAAAUUGUUAAACAUCGUAAGGCUAUUUCUCAAGAAUUCUGCAGAUCAAGCUCAUUUGAGUCAAAAAAAGAGAUUGGAGAGCUUUCUGAAAAGUGCGAACCUUUUCCAAAUCGUUUAUCAACUCCCAAUGCAAAACUGCAAAUACCAAGACUUCAAAUAACUACUGAAGGAAAUUUCUUAUAA